GUCCCCCUGCUGAAGAAGAUCGCAGCAUUCACUGUAGCCCCCCUUGCAAUGGAGGACAGUGACCAUGAAAUUCCAUCUUCAUCAGACGAGCGGGACUCCUGUCCCGUCUCCCCAAAUCCAAGCGGGGACUGUGAUAUCGACCAGCAUUCGAGCCAUUCCGAUGACUUUGAGGUGGAGAAUAUUAUGCAAGAACCUCACCAUCAUUUAGAACAUGACCACCUCGAGCCCCAGCAUGACCACAGUCCACAGCACCACCAUCAUGAACGAGAGGCCCAUGAUGCAGUCGAAGUAGCUGAGGGUCAAGACCACCCUAACGCUCCGUCAUCUUUGCGCCCCCCUGUGGCGGGUAUGGCCCAGCCGGAUUUGGGUUCUGAGCCCGCUUUGCCUUUGAUUGUGGAGUUCGAUGUGCCCUUCCCCGUCAGUCCCUCCAGGCCCAAAAGUCCAUGGGCCCGUUUUGACCCUUACAGCAAUAAUGAGGAUCAAGACAAGGAAUAUGUAGGUUUUGCAACACUCCCAAACCAGGUGCACCGCAAAUCAGUCAAGAAAGGAUUCGACUUCACACUCAUGGUAGCAGGGGAGUCUGGUCUUGGAAAAUCUACCUUGGUCAACAGUCUCUUCCUUACAGAUCUUUACAAAGAUAGGAAGCUGCUCAAUGCUGAAGAACGAAUCAUGCAAACAGUAGAAAUCACCAAGCACACUGUAGAUAUAGAAGAAAAGGGUGUCAAACUCAAGCUGACCAUUGUGGACACUCCGGGCUUUGGUGAUGCAGUCAACAACACAGAAUGCUGGAAGCCAGUGGCCGACUAUAUCGACCAGCAGUUCGAGCAAUACUUCCGGGAUGAAAGCGGCCUCAACCGUAAAAACAUCCAGGACAACCGCGUGCACUGCUGCCUCUACUUCAUCUCCCCCUUCGGCCAUGGCCUUCGACCACUGGAUGUGGAAUUCAUGAGAGCCCUGCAUGAGAAGGUGAACAUUGUUCCAGUCUUGGCCAAAGCAGACACACUCACCCCAAGUGAGGUCAAGAAGAAGAAAAUCAAGAUUAGAGAAGAGAUCGAGCAAUACGGUAUUAAGAUUUAUCAGUUCCCCGACUGCGACUCUGAUGAAGACGACGACUUCAAGCAACAGGAUCACGAGCUGAAGGAAAGCAUUCCAUUUGCAGUCAUUGGCAGCAACACUGUGGUGGAAGCCAAAGGGAAGAGAGUGCGAGGUCGUCUUUACCCUUGGGGGAUUGUUGAAGUUGAGAACUCGGCCCACUGCGACUUUGUGAAGCUGAGGAACAUGCUGGUUCGAACUCACAUGCAGGACCUGAAAGACGUGACCCGGGAGACCCACUACGAGAACUACAGAGCCCACUGCAUCCAGAACAUGACACGCAUGGUUGUCAAGGAGCGCAACCGCAACAAGCUAACCAGGGAGAGCGGCACAGACUUCCCCAUCCCCGCAAUGGGCGACGUCGCCGACAGCCAGACGGAACAGCUGAUUCGGGAAAAAGACGAGGAGUUGCGGCGUAUGCAGGAGAUGCUGCAGAGGAUUCAGGAUCAAAUGCACACAAGGAAAGAUGCCUACUGA